GGGGAAGAAGAGGUGAGAAGGAGCGAAAGACGUCAACAGAGCAGGACCCACAAACACCCGGAGGCUAAAAGAGAGGAGAGGGGCGAGGUGGAGAGCGAGCGUCGGAGAAACCUGUGGGCUCAGACGCAGGGGGAGACGGGGCCGGAGCCUUUCGGACGAGCUCCCGGACCACGCAGUGGGCUUGAGGGGUCCGGUCGCCUUUCGAGGAACCUAGACAAGGGGCAGCCCAAGGGCCUGAUGACACCAGGCAACCCCAAGAUGGAGCUCAGGGACCCCGAGAACCAGGAGGAUGGGGACCCAGAGGAGGACACAGCCACGGCCCUCCAGCGGCUCGUGGAGCUGACAGCCACCAGGGUGACCCCAGUGAGGAAUCUGCGGGCCCAGUAUCGCCUCAUCCGAAAGCUGGGCUCGGGCUCCUACGGCAAAGUGCUCCUCGCCCGGCCUCGCCAAGGGGGUCCGGCGGUGGCUCUGAAGCUCCUGCGUCGGGACUCGGUCCCGAGAACCACCUUCCUGAGGGAGUUCUGCGUGGGCCGCUGCGUCUCGUCCCACCCGGGCUUGCUCCAGACCCUGGCGGGACCCCUGCAGACCCCCCGGCACUUCGCCUUCACCCAGGAGUACGCGCCCUACGGGGACCUCAGCGGGCUGCUGCAGGAACGGGUGAGGCAGGCAGGGGACAGAGGCUGGGACUGCUCAUCUCAGGCGCCACUUUGUCCCAAAGCCCACUGCUAUCUCCAACCCCGAGUCCCAAAUCAGUCCCCAUCUUAGCUCCCCUCAAAGCCCCCAAACGACCUCCUGAUUCCUAAUUCUCAAUGCAAUUUCAUGGCGGACCCCAACCCUCAUUCAUCCAAACACAAGCUUGGAGGGGCAGGGAGGUGGGGUUGGGACGGAGGGCGGAUUAGGUCUGAUGACGGCGGUGGGGAUGGAGACAGAGCUGGGAUUCCAGUGAG